GGUUGCUAGUGGAAACCUCAGGGUGAAACUCACCCAGCUUUAGUAACCAACUCGAUUGCAUAGACUUUAGAUAACCAUGUGAAGGGGAUUCUACUAUCAGAAAAGAGGCCAAACUUCUAUCACCAUGGUGGAUGUGAAGUGUCUGAGUGACUGUAAAUUGCAGAACCAACUUGAGAAGCUUGGAUUUUCACCUGGCCCAAUACUACCUUCCACCAGAAAGUUGUAUGAAAAAAAGUUAGUACAAUUGUUGGUCUCACCUCCCUGUGCACCACCUGUGAUGAAUGGACCCAGAGAGCUGGACGGAGCUCAGGACAGUGAUGACAGCGAAGAGCUUAAUAUCAUUUUGCAAGGAAAUAUCAUACUCUCAACAGAAAAAAGCAAGAAACUCAAAAAAUGGCCUGAGGCUUCCACCACUAAACCCAAAGCUGUAGAUAACUAUUGCUUGGAUUAUAAGCCUUCCAAGGGAAGAAGGUGGGCUGCAAGAGCACCAAGCACCAGAAUCACAUAUGGGACUAUCACCAAGAGAGAAGAAGGUUUCCCGGUGGGCUUGAAGCUUGCUGUGCUUGGUAUUUUCAUCAUUGUGGUGUUUGUCUACCUGACUGUGGAAAAUAAGUCGCUGUUUGGUUAAGUAAUUUAGGAGCAAAGCAAUGCUCCAAGCGAGGCCUCCUGCUUCAGGAAAGAACCAAAACACUACCCCGAAGGGCCAGCCUAGCCUGCAGCCCUCCCUUGCAGGGAGCCUUCCCUUGCACGGUGCUGCUCUCACAGAUCGGUAUCUGGGCUCAGCCAGGUGGAAGGAACCAGUGGGAAAACCAGGCACCUGUGUUAAGAGCGUGAUGGUUAGGAAAUCCCCCAAGUCAUGUCAACUCUCAUUAAAGGUGCUUCCGUAUCUGAGCAGGCGUCAAACAAGGAAA